UAGAGCUAUCACCCACACACACACUCAGAGAGAGAGAGAGAGAGGACUCAGCUCGGUCAUUGUUGUUCACAGUCUACCAUCAUCACACUAAAUGUGACCAGUCAUCGCCCAUCUUUCUGUCUCUGUGUAAAUCCGUCAGGCUCGAGCAGCGGAUGCUGUGUGGUAGGCGCUCUCCCAUCGUGGUGAGGCAGUACAGAAAGACCCACCAUGGCGCAGGAACAGGAGGGGAACAACCGGCUCCUGCAAGACGUGCUAAAGAGACCGGGCAAUGAAACGUGCGCGGACUGCGGCAACCCAGAGCCAGACUGGGCAUCGCUGACUUUAGGUGUGUUUAUUUGCCAGGCCUGUUCGCUCCUUCACCGGAGCAUCCCCCACAUCAGCCGGGUCAAGUCUAUCCAGGAAACAUGGGAUGCCAGUGAAGUGGAGCUGGUGGCUGCUCUGGGAAACACAGCAGCCAAGGCCAAAUAUGAGCGGAAGGUUCCUGCUUUCUACUACAGACCAACACACACAGACUGCAAGCUGUUGAGGGAGCAGUGGAUCAGAGCCAAGUAUGAGAGGAACGAGUUUGAGUUUAUCGAGAAGCAGGAGCCUUACUCUUCAGGCUACAGAGAGGGGUUUCUAUGGAAACGAGGACGAGACAAUGGCCAGUUUCUCAGCCGAAAGUUUGUCUUGUCUGAGAGAGAGGGAGCACUAAAAUAUUUCAACAAGCAGGAUGCAAGGGAUCCUAAAGCAGUGAUGAAAAUUGAGACCCUCAAUGCCACGUUCCAACCAGCCAAGAUUGGCAACCCGUGCGGCCUGCAGAUCACCUACCUAAGAGACAACAGCACAAGGAAUAUCUUUGUUUACCACGGCGAUGCUAAGGAAAUGGUCGACUGGUUCAAUUCUAUCAGAGCAGCCAGGUUCCACUACCUACAGGUAGCCUUCCCUGGAGCAAGCGAUGAGGAGCUGGUUCCAAAACUGACUCGGAAUUUCAUGAAGGAAGGCUUUAUGGAGAAAACAGGUCCAAAGCACACAGAGGGCUUCAAGAAGAGGUGGUUCACUAUGGAUGACAGGAGACUCAUGUACUUCAAAGAUCCCCUGGAUGCCUAUGCCCGUGGUGAGGUGUUCAUCGGCAGUAAGGAGAACAGCUACACAGUCCUGUCGGGCUUGCCCCCAUCUGCACAGGGCUACCAUUGGAACCAUGGCAUCACCAUAGUCACACCAGACAGGAAGUUUCUGUUUGCCUGUGAGACAGAGGCUGAGCAACAGGAUUGGAUAGCUGCAUUUCAGAGGGUAAUAAAUCGUCCAAUGAGACCACAGGAAUAUGCAGUUGAGGCCCAUUUCAAACACAAGCCUUGAAGCCCUCAGGGGGCCGUGAUCCACCUGGCCUUACCCAGUCUCAUUCAGACCAGAGCCAAUCCUGAUGUGGGACCAUGGAUCUAGGUUGGGGGGGGGGGCUGGGAGUGUGCAGGAGGGUCCUAAGAUGGUAAAGAAGAUAAAGACACAAAGGUACACAUGUCUAUUUGUGUGGAGAAAACUUGAACUCCCAUUGGACGAUGGUGAUGCUGUCAUCAUCUGGCUGCUGUGUGCUGUACGUAAUCCUCCAUACUGCCGUGUCUUUCCCUGUCCCCUCUCCCUGCACUGACGUGGAACUCUCCUGUAAGUAUGUAAUCUAGAGUCAUUUCACUGGAUGUUGAAUAAAGACGAUGCAAUGUGGAUUUAUUGAAUGUACAGUUUUGAUGACAGUGACUAACAGUGUAUGUGGAGUGUAAAGUUUUUGUUGAGGUUGACCCUCUGGCCCUGAAACCCUGCUAAAGCUGAACCUACAAAGUGCUGUUAACAACAAAUAUGCAUAAACCAGAUCACCGUUGCUGUUACUGUAGCCAGAGGAGGCUGAUCUGCAUCUAGACAGGGUCUUUUUCAAACCUCAGUGGGACAGCUGUGCUCUUCUUUCUAUGUAUUUUUGAACCUCCUCAGUCAUUGUAGACCGUUCUCGCUGCUUUAAAGGAUUGUAAUGUGACUGAAUUGUAACACAUCUCUGAGUUUUGAUUGCAUCUGUUUUGUGUUGGCUCUCAUAUUGAUGGUUUGUUUUAUUAUAAAAACCUGAUUUAACAUGAAUACAUCAUUUUCUUACAACCUGUUGCUUUUAUUGGAUUUGUGCUCAAACAUUUAAAUACACCUGUUUCUUUUAAAUAUGAUCAUUUUAAGUCAACUUUGGUAGAGCAAAUGAUCAAACUGGUGUUUUAUUCAUGUCCUCAUUCUUUAGAUGAAUAACUCAUUUUAUUUUUCAGCUUUGUUUGUGUCUAAAUAAACUUCAGUAU